AUGGGAAACCUUUGGAGCUUCGGUGCUCUGCUUGUCGCUGGGCUUGCGGCAGUUGCAGCAGCAGAUGACAGCUCCGUCUUCUCGAAAGCAUCAAACGACAGCUUGCUCUGGGGCCCGUACCGACCCAACCUUUACUUCGGCGUUCGACCUCGAUUACCAAAAAGUGUGCUCACUGGAUUGCUAUGGUCUCGUGUCGAAGACUUCGUUUCCGUCCAGGGCAAUACUCGAUAUACGUGCGAGCAACAUGAAGGAAUGGCAGGAUAUGGCUGGGAUGCCUACGAUGCAAGAACGGGUGGUGUACAAGUCGUACAUGAUAAGGGCAAUGGUCUAGACUUGGAGACGAGCUUCGUCAAGUUUGAUGAGGGAAGAGGAGGCUGGGGUGCAAGAAUAAAGGGCACUCCAAGAGACGACGUUGAGCCUGUGCCAAAUGUUCAGUACGCCAAUGGAGGUGACAACUUGAAAACGGCUGUGUGGUUCACUGUGGGUGCUGAAGGCCUUGGGAGCGUACAACCGCAAGAUGCAGAAGCAGCUGAGGAGUCUGGCUACACUGAGGAUGUGAUACUUGAUGGCCAGACGAGUGAUCUCGGUGACUUCAAGAUCACAAUCACAGAGUCGAAAGAGAACAGCCACCCUACCACAUCACAUCCUUCGUAUCAGAACAAGCCAUUAGACCACACCUUUGUGCAUUCUAUCCAGACCCCAGAAGAAGCUCUCUGGCAAGCCAAGGCCCUUCUCUUCAGCUCCAUGAAGUCUUCCAUUGAUGAAUACAUUGAGGAAUACACCCAAGAGAAGAUGCCCCCGCCAUGGCAGACAUACACGAUCCAGAACUUGCCAGGUCAAGGCAACUUCCACAUGAUUCAGAAAGUCUUUGAGGGACCCUUCGAGUUCGACAUCCUAUUCACACCCGCUUCAUCUACCCCGAAGAAGUCCGAAGAUCUGACCAAUGCGAUCAAAGCUGUCACGAAGUCGUUCGAUGAGAAGUAUCUGGAAGUGCACAAGCCCCUGGCACCAUUCAAAGACAACAAGUAUCUGGGCUUCAGCAAGUCUCUCUUCAGCAAUUUGUACGGCGGUAUUGGUUACUUCUAUGGCGACCAGGUCAUCGACCGAUCUUAUGCUCCCGAGUACGAAGAGGAGAAUGAAGGCUUCUGGCAAGAAGCUGAGGAAGCUCGAGGACGCAACCAGCAGAAGCUCGAAGGACCGUACGAGCUUUACACCUCGAUCCCGUCGAGGCCAUUCUUCCCACGUGGGUUCCUUUGGGACGAGGGUUUCCAUCUCUUGCCGAUCUUGGACUGGGACGCUGAGGUGGUUAUGCAAAUCUUGAGCUCGUGGUUCAACACGAUGGAUGAGGACGGCUGGAUACCACGAGAGCAGAUCUUGGGGCAUGAAGCACGUAGCAAGGUGCCACAAGAGUUCCAAGUUCAGUACCCGCACUAUGCGAACCCGCCAACUCUCUUCAUGGUGAUCGAGGCUCUACUGGACAAGAUUGAAGGCAAGGCCGGGUCUGGUGCAGCUCUGAGCCAGCAGACAUUGGGUAACAUCGCUGGCAACGUGCUUGCAACACCUGACUCUGUCAAGGCGUGGUUGAAGCAGCUGUACCCGCUUCUGCAACGCAACUUCGACUGGUACCGGCGCACGCAGUGGGGAGAUCUGAAGUGCUAUGACAGAGAAGCGUUCAGCUCGAAGGAGGCGUACCGAUGGCGUGGCAGGACUCCCCGACACAUUCUCACUUCUGGACUUGACGACUACCCGCGUGCGCAACCGCCUCACCCUGGCGAGCUUCAUGUCGAUCUCAUGAGCUGGAUGGGGUUGAUGAGUCGCAACAUCCACCGGGUUGCUAGCUUCCUGGGCGAGAGUGACGACGAAGCUAAGUACGCGAAGAUUGCAGAAGCGAUUCGACGCAAUGUGGACGAUCUGCAUUGGUCAAAAGAGCACAAGACUUACUGCGACGCAACUGUUGAUGAUUACGAGGAAAGCGUGCACGUGUGCCACAAGGGCUACAUUAGCUUGUUCCCCUUCAUGUCUGGGCUUGUAGCGUCCGACAAUCCCCAUCUCAAGGACGUACUGGACUUGAUUGGCGACGAGGACGAGCUAUGGAGUCCACAUGGCAUCCGCAGCUUGAGCCGCCAGGAUGAGCUCUACGGCACCGACGAGAACUACUGGCGAAGCCCAGUCUGGAUGAAUAUGAACUAUCUGAUCAUCAAGGAGCUAUACAACAUCGCCCAACAACCCGGCGCCCAACAAAAGCGCGCCGCAACCAUGUACAGCGCCCUCCGCAAGAACCUCGUCGACACAGUCUACAACUCCUUCCAAGAAACCGGCUUCGCAUGGGAGCAAUACAACCCCGAGACGGGCGCCGGGCAACGCACCCAGCAUUUCACUGGAUGGACGAGCUUGAUCGUCAAGAUCAUGGCGAUGCCGGAUCUCAGUGGCAAGAAGGGUCAUGAUGAGCUAUAG